AUGGUUCUGGCAAAUGGGAUGAAGCCGGUGAUACUGAUGUUGGUGGUUCAGAUGGCUCUAGCUGGAGUCAACAUCUUCUUCAAGUUGGCCAUAAGCAGUGGCGUGAGCGUACCUGUCCUCCUCGCUUAUCGCUUCCUCCUAUCAACAGUGGUUAUGGUUCCUCUUGCUUUCUUCUUCAACCGGGAAAGAAGACCAAAAAUAACAUGGAAAAUUAUCCUCCAAGGUUUCCUGUGUGGCUUAUUCGGGGGAUCAUUAGCACACAAUCUAUAUAUGGAAAGCAUGGCACUAACGUCGGCUACAUUCAUAACUGCAAUGGCAAAUCUUAUACCCGCCGUAACAUUUAUCAUUGGCAUUUCUGCAAGGUUGGAGAAAUUAAAGUUCGGAACAGCUGUAGGGAAGGCAAAAGUAUUCGGGACUCUAAUGGGAAUAGGUGGAGCGAUGCUGUUCACGUUUUACAAAGGCUUUUCUAUUGAUUUUUUGAAGUCCGACAUUAACCUUCUUCCUGGUAGAAGCACCGGCCACAAGGCUUUGCUGGCGUCGGAUCACCGUGUAUUGGGAGCCUGUUUGGCCCUUAGUAGCUGCUUUUCCUAUGCUAUAUGGAUCAUAAUACAGGCAAAGAUGAGUGAAACAUUUCCAUGCCAUUACGCGAGUACAGCGUUGAUGAGCUUAAUGGCUUUCUUUCAGUCGACUAUAUAUGCAUUAUUCGUGGAAAGGGAUUGGUCACAAUGGAAGCUCGGCUGGGACAUUAGGUUAUGGACCGUUGCAUAUUCGGGAACAGUGGGGACAGCACUAGUUGUAGCACUAAUGUCAAUUAGUGCGAGGCUAAGGGGUCCACUCUUUGUAGCCGUCUUCAACCCCCUCUUGCUCGUGAUUGUUGCCUUAGCUGGUAAUUUGUUCUUGGAUGAAAAGCUUUACUUAGGAAGUGCACUGGGAGCAAUAUUGAUUGUAUGUGGGCUAUAUGUUGUGUUAUGGGGAAAGCAUAAUGAGAUGAAGAAAAAACUAAAUGAACUAGUUGCACUGGAGGAAAACGAAGCACAAAAAUCAGUUGGGACUAUUAUUGUCAGUGGUAACAAUAUCAGCUCUUAUGUUGAAAUGAAAAUGAUGGAGAAUGAUACGGAGGUGAUGGUAGAAGACGUGACGGUGAAUACAGUGGAGGAGAUAUUGGUGGAUGUUAUGGUUGUGGAUGUGGUGGUGGUGGAUGCCGUGAUUUGUGGAUGUGGAUAUCGUGGUUGUGGAUGUGGAUACGGAGAUGAUGGCGGAAGACGUGAGGGUGAAUACAGUUGA